AUGCAAAAACUAAAGCUUGCCUUCUGCUUUGCAUUAAUUUUUGGAGCACGAGCCGCCGGCGAGGAUGAUCGGGUCACCAACCUGCCGGGGAUCAACUUCGCGACCAACUAUGGCCUGUAUUCCGGCUAUUUGAAUGCGGGGAAUAAUGGGACGUGGAAGAUGCAUUAUUGGCUAAUCGAAUCGAAAUCAAAGCCGGCUAAUGACCCCGUGUUGGUCUGGUUCCAGGGAGGCCCCGGCUGCUCCUCCUUCGGUGGCGCCUUCGAGGAGCUCGGCCCGUUCUACAUCAACUACGAUCAGCAGACGCUCUUUGAGAAUAAGUAUUCGUGGAAUGCGAACGCCAACAUCUUAUUCCUGGAAUCGCCGAUCGGGGUCGGCUUCUCCUACGAUUCGACGAACCCAGACUAUUCUCAUGCCGACGACACUCAAACUCAGGAGCAAAACUACCGAGCGCUUGCCGACUUUUUUAGCAAUGUCCAGCCCCGCUUCAAGAACAGCACCUUCUUCCUGUCCGGCGAAUCCUACGCUGGGGUGUACAUUCCGAUGCUCUCCGCGCUCCUUACCACCCAGAUCAACGCCAACCAGUUCCCGAACCCAAAUUUUGAGGGAGCCGCGAUCGGCAAUGGGUUCAUGCACGUCCCUCGCCUCUUCAACUCGCUCGUGCUCUGGGCGGUGUACCAUGGAAAAGUGGCGCUGAACGAUUGGGACUACAUAAAAGCCAACUGCAAGGGCGACCCAAACGUUGCCCUUUUCGAUGUGGACAACUACAACUUUUUCAGCUACCUAAUUUCCACAAAUGGCAUGGACUUUGUCAGCGACAACUCGAAGUGCGGAAAUUAUAUUUACAACGCAAUUUCGAUCCCGGAUCCGGAUUACAACGACGCCUACAACUACUAUCAGGACUGCUAUAACCCGGAUUUCUUUGUGAAUCCCUUCCCAUCAAGUGAAGUCCAAAGCCGACACCCCGCUCUCAAACAUCGCAUCAAGAAGCGCAGUAUCAUGAAUAUGGACUCGGGCGUCAAUACGGCGAACCUCUUCAACUACGACUCGAGCGACAACCAACUCGCCUACCCGUGCUGGAAUUGGAUCGCCGUCCGGAAAUACGCGAACAGGGACGAUGUUCAAAAAGCCCUCCACAUUGCCGACGAUUGGCGCAAGGCCGGGAACAACGGGCAGAAUCGACUUUGGCAAAUGUGCAAUAAACCAAUGUACGACAGCUAUAAAAUCGACUUCAACGAUCAGCAACCGUUUUUCCAUAUCGUUUUGAGCACGACAAAGAACCCCAACUUCCGCUUCCUCAUCUACAACGGCGACAUCGACACGGUGUGCAACUUCCUCGGCGAUUCGUGGUUCGCGCGGCAAGUUGCGCAAGACAACGGUUUUGACGCCGAACCGGUGCGCACCGAGUGGACGUACCGGCGACAAACCGCCGGAUACGUUCAGCGCUACACGCGUAAGGCAGAUCAAGUGAAGAUCGAUGUCGUUACGGUGAAGGGAGCUGGCCACAUGGUGCCCAACGAUCGGCCCGCGCAAUCGCUGCAGCUAAUGCAGAAUUUCAUGUUUCCCAAUGGAGCAAACAAAAGCCCAAACUACAAUUCCACCGACAACGCAAACCCCACGCCGUCGUUGGCACCAUUUUUGGGAACCGGCAGCAACCAACAGACGAGCCAGCAGCCGAUUGGCACAACGACGAAAAGCACCUCCUUGAUCACAUCUUCGCCCUUCUUGGUACUUCUCCUCCUCGUGCUAGCGCUCCGCAAUAGGAAC